GCCGUUGGUUAUCUCCUCACAGGAAGCCUCAAAAGCUGUUUUGGUGCCGGCCUGGGUGUGCACGCAGUGCUGGCUCAGGCAGAGAUGAGAAGGACGAGGCCUCCACAUCAGAUGCGACGCCGUAUCGUGGAAGAUGCUCUGUUGAGGGGGUGAUACUCCCUAUUGCGGACACGGAGGCACCUGAGGAUGACCAGGCUUCCAGCAUAGACUCGCGCCUGAGUAAUCGAUCGCAGCUAAAAGCCAGCAGUCAGCAGUUGGGCUCGACAGAAGGCCCUGGCAUGUAUGCUGAAAUUCCAUCCGAUCGGGUGGAAGACAAUGCCAGGCUGUAUCACGUGCACGAGAGCCAGGACCACCUGGAUACGUUUCAAAACGUUUUCCGUCGACUACGGCGUACAGGGCGAGAUGAAACCGACAAGGAUGUCUCGGACUCCAUGUUGAAGGCCAUGGAGUAUGCGAGAAAGAAGAAGCAGGGCGGAUGA